UCGGCAUCCAAAUGGGCCCAACUGUUGGGGGGGAAUAUUGAGGACCCUGAUCUCCUCCUUUUCCUUUUUCUGGGUCCUGGGUUCAGGGUUCGAGACGAAGAAGGAGAAGGAGAAGGAGGCCCAGGACUUCAGGGAACAAAGGCCCGGCGGUUGGCGGAGAGCAGCCAGGCGAUUGCAAAGAAGCGAGCUCCAUUGUAGCCGUGCCGAAUCCUUGUAAUGCAGAGAAUAGCAAAAAUGGCCCAGGCAGCGAUGGCAGCGGCAUCCAGCCAUGAAGAGGACUCGUCUGAAAGCAGAAUGGUGGUUACGUUCCUCAUGUCGGCCCUUGAAUCCAUGUGCAAAGAGCUUGCCAAGUCCAAAGCAGAAGUCGCCUGCAUUGCUGUGUAUGAAACAGAUGUGUUCGUUGUGGGGACCGAGAGAGGAAGAGCUUUUGUCAAUACGAGAAAAGAUUUUCAGAAGGAUUUUGUGAAGUACUGUGUUAAUGAAGAGGCAAAGGCUGCAGAGCUGCAGAAAAUAAAGUCAACACCGCUUGACAAUCGGAUGACGGUGGAUAUUGUGGAAAUGGAAGUCCUCAGGAAGUCUGUGGAGGAUUACUUCUGCAUUUGUUACGGCAAAGCUUUAGGAAAGUCGACUGUUGUUCCCGUGCCGUAUGAUAAGAUUCAGAGGGACCCCUCUGCUGUAGUGGUACAUGGCCUCCCAGAAGGACUGACGUUUAAACACCCCACCAAUUACGAUGUCACAACUCUUAAGUGGAUUCUGGAAAACAAAUCUGGAAUCUCCUUCGUCAUUAAAAGGCCUUUCCUCGAGCCAAAAAAACAUUUAGGACCUCGUAUUAUGGACUCAUCACACACAAUAACAUCCUCCAGCGGAAGCUCUUCAAUCCAGGUGAAGACUGAACCCAGUGAAGAUUCUGGACUCGAGAUGAUAACGGUCAAAGAAGAAUCAGAGGAUCCUGAAUAUUAUCAGUUUAACAUUCCAGAUUCUUCUCAACAUGCCACUUCUGAAACAAGUGAGGAUCCUGAAGUGGAAGUGACCAUUGAAGACGACGAUGACUAUUUGCCGCCCCAUAAGAAAACAAAGAACACCGAAGUCAUCAACGAUGCUGCCAACGCUGGAAGAAGAAAAGCUAGGGAAUUCAAUUUCGAGAAGUGGAACGCUCGCAUCACAGACUUGAGGAAACAAGUUGAAGAGUUGUUUGAAAGAAAAUACGCUGAAGCUAUUAAUGCAAAAGGCCCGGUGUCUAUUCCAUACCCGCUCUUCCAGUCUCAUGUUGAAGAUUUGUAUGUGGAAGGACUGCCAGAAGGAAUUCCCUUUCGGAGGCCCUCCACUUAUGGGAUCCCUCGCCUCGAAAGGAUUUUGCUGGCAAAGGAACGGAUACGAUUUGUAAUUAAGAAGCACGAGUUGCUAAAUUCAACACGAGAAGACCUGCCAUUAGACAAACCUGUAGCGGGAGUGAAAGAAGAGUGGUAUGCUCGAAUCACGAAGCUAAGGAAGAUGGUAGAUCAGCUGUUCUGCAGAAAAUUUGCCGAGGCCCUGGGAAGCACUGAACCCAAAGCUGUGCCUUACCAAAAAUUUGAGGCACACCCCACUGAUCUUUAUGUGGAGGGCCUGCCCGAGAAUAUCCCGUUUCGCAGUCCGUCCUGGUAUGGAAUCCCUCGGCUGGAGAAAAUACUACAAGUGGGCAACAGGAUAAAAUUUGUAAUAAAGAAGCCAGACCUACUAACAGUCUCUCCUACAGAAGUUACUCAGCCAAGGACAAACAUGCCUGUCAAAGAAGAUUGGAAUGUCAGAAUUACAAAACUGAGGAAGCAGGUUGAAGAGAUAUUUAAUCUGAAAUUUGGACAAGCCCUAGGUCUCAGCGAAGCAGUGAAGGUUCCUUACCCUGUCUUUGAGUCAAACCCUGAGCAUUUGUACGUAGAGGGUUUGCCGGAAGGCAUCCCGUUUCGAAGCCCUACAUGGUUUGGGAUCCCGCGGCUGGAAAGAAUUGUCCGUGGCAGUGGAAAGAUCAAAUUUAUUGUGAAGAAGCCAGAUCUUGUGACUUCGUAUUUACCUCCUGGGCUGGCUAGUAAAGUGAAUACUUCAGGAUCCCAGUCUCCAAACAGUUCAAACUCGGCACUAAGUCCUGUAAGCAACUCAAAGGUUCCAGAAAUCGAAGUUACUGUAGAUGAAGGCCUCGCUAGAAAGACGCCAACCCCAGAAGUCAGAGCUAACCCUCAAACCAACGGAUCUAAUGUGGGCUUUAAGCCAAGAGGAAGAGAGUUUUCUUUUGAGGCCUGGAAUGCCAAGAUCACCGACCUGAAACUAAAAGUUGAAAACCUUUUCAAUGAGAAAUGUGGGGAAGCGCUUGGCAUGACCGAACCCGUGAAGGUCCCUUUUGCGCUCUUUGAGUCUUACCCCGAAGAUUUCUACGUCGAAGGCCUUCCGGAGGGAGUGCCGUUCCGCCGCCCGUCUACGUUUGGCAUUCCGAGAUUGGAAAAGAUUCUCCGAAACAAAGCUAAGAUAAAAUUUAUCAUUAAAAAGCCGGAGAUGUUCGAGGCAGCAGUGAAGGAAAGCACCACUGCUAUUCCAACCCCUCCAAGAAGAAGCAGCUUAUCUAACACCAUGAUAAAUACUGUAAGCAUGCCGGAUCCUAUAGUGAACACAGCUUCUGGAGUGGAAGAUCUGAACAUCAUCCAAGUGACCAUACCAGAUGACGACGAGAGAACCUCCAAAGUAGAGAAGGCCCGGCAGUUGAGAGAGCAAGUGAAUGAUCUAUUCAGUCGGAAGUUUGGGGAAGCCAUUGGCAUGGGGUAUCCCGUGAAAGUCCCGUAUCGGAAAAUUACCGUCAACCCUGGCUGCGUGGUGGUGGACGGCAUGCCCCCCGGCGUGUCUUUCAAAGCUCCCAGUUACCUUGAAAUCAGUUCGAUGAGGAAGAUUUUGGAUUCAGCAGAGUUCAUUAAAUUCACUGUCAUUAGACCAUUCCCUGGACUUGUAAUGAACAACCAAAUUCCGGAGAAGACCGAACCAGAACCGCCAGCAGCGGUGGCGGCGGCGGCGGCAGCUGCGCCUGAACCUGAGCCGGUGGUACAAGAGCCGGUUGAACCAGACCAAAUAGUACAAGUAUCAGUAGAGGAAGAUUCGGUACAGACUGAAGACAGCGCUCAGAUCAAACAGGAGCCCGAGUCGACGUGGUAGACCUUGCCGGCAUUUGGUCAAAAGCAUCCAGGAUUGCGAAGAGUUUGCUGGGACGGCCCUGGGCUGUGUAAUAUAACUGUAUAAGAGAAGUACCUUCUAUCCAUUCAUCCCCACCUUUUCCUUAGCCAACCCCUUUCUUUUCUACUCUUUAGAUAGAAAUUGUCUGCUCUGUUCAAAAAAAGUCCUUGGGAAUUGACCCAAAAGCAGUGAGACGCCUUUUUAAUAUCUCAAAGACCUAAAUGGAGAAGGAAAUGCUGGACAUAUAUGACUGAUGAUUGUUAGGUGUUUUGUUUUCGUUUUUGGGGUCAUUGAAACCUGCAGGGACUUGCAACAGAUAAAAUUAAAAUGCCUGCCUUUCUAAGUAACAGCCCUUAAGAUGCGUCUGGGCUUUUAAUGAAGAAGAAAGCCGUCUCCCGUAGUUCAGGUUUUACUUUACUUUUUCUUUCCCCAUCCGUUGGUGGCAGCAGUUGAAAUGUGUCCACUGAGACUUUUCUUUCCCUUUCUCCUUUAAUGGCUAAUUGGACAAUAGUAUCUGUAUAUUUGAAAUAAUUUUUUUCCUAUGAUAUAUCUCUCAACUCAUAUGUUUUUAAUAAACAAAUAAAAACUGAUUUUCCUGA